AAAAACAAGAACUAUAUGGUAACAACUCCACUUUUCAUUGACACGACCAAAUCCAAGCUGCCUGCACAGAGCACGUAAAGAAGAUAACAUGGCAAUGAGGAUGUGGGCUUCUUCUACAGCCAAUGCACUAAAACUCUCCACUGCCAUCAGACCUCAGUUCUCUCCUGCUUUCUCUCUCUCCAGAUGCUUUUCUACUGUUCUGGAAGGCUUUAAGUAUGCAAACUCACAUGAAUGGGUAAAGCAUGAAGGCCCGGUGGCUGCAGUUGGUAUCACUGACCAUGCUCAGGAUCAUCUUGGAGAAGUGGUUUUCGUGGAGCUGCCGGAUGCUGGUUCUGUUGUUAGCCAAGGCAAAAGUUUUGGAAAUGUUGAAAGUGUAAAAGCCACCAGCGAUGUUAAUUCUCCAAUCUCUGGUGAGGUUGUUGAGGUUAACUCCAAGCUCAGCGAGACCCCUGGUUUGAUCAACUCAAGUCCAUAUGAAGAUGGAUGGAUGAUUAAGGUAAAGCCCAGCAACCCAUCAGAACUGGAAUCCUUAAUGGGUUCAAAAGAAUAUACAAAGUUCUGUGAAGAAGAAGCAGGCCAUUGAAACUUGUAUUGCUACAUUUACCUUCCCUGGACUAACUGGUUGAAAUCAAUACCAUUCUGAGAACUUCAUGUGAAUCAGCAUCUUGACGCAAAGAUAACUACUUGAAGUUGCUUUUAUGGCUUCUUAAUAUCUUCCCUUUCCACAUAAUGCAUGCAUUCUCCCCAUGUAAUCAAGACCAUUUCUUUGUCUUUGUUGUUUCAAAUUACAAAUUUGCUUUUUUUUUUGUUGCAAUAUC